AUGAUACCUCCAUGUUCUAGGUGUGGAAAAAAUGAUUUCAAAAAGACUCGAGAUCGAGAUGCACACAUAAAUCGUAAAUUUCCAUGCAAAUCUAGUAAUACCCAAAAUCUUAUUGUAGCUUCAGGAUGCAAAGCAUCUCCUACUUCGCAGACACCAUUACAACAAAAUUCAGAUACAGAUCAAAUUUUGAUACAAACCCAUGUUCCA